UCCACCUCCAUCUCUAUGGUUUCCGGGGCCCCGCCCCUCCCCGGGACUGUCCUGAAUCUCUGCGGACUCUGCCCGCCUCUUGACCCCGGGACGUCCGCGCUCCCAUUUAGGUUGGAGCUCGGAUCAUGGCAGUCCCGGGGACCACACCCAAAACAGGCGCCAGGCCUAAGCUAGAUAUGCAAUUUCUCCAGCGAUUCCUGAGGAUACAGAAGGUCUUGUUUCCUUCUUGGUCAUCUCAGAAUGUCUUGAUGUUCCUGACUCUCUUGUGUGUGGCCCUCCUGGGACAAUUGGUGAUCUACCAGGUUGGCUUGAUCCCCAGCCAGUAUUAUGGCGUCCUGGGAAAUAAAGACUUGGAUGGGUUUAAGGCGCUGACACUCCUGGCUGUCGUGCUCAUCGUCGUCAACUCCAUACUGAAGAGCUUUGACCAGUUCAUCUCCAGCCUGCUGUAUGUGAGCUGGAGGAAGGAGCUCACCGAGCACCUGCACCGUCUCUACUUCCGGGCCCGCGUGUACUACACCCUCAACGUGCUUCGGGAUGACAUCGACAACCCGGACCAGCGCAUCAGCCAGGACGUGGAGCGACUGUGCCGGCAGCUCAGCAGCAUGGCCAGCAAGCUGAUCAUCUCGCCCUUCACCCUCGUCUACUACACUUUCCAGUGCUUCCAGAGCACAGGCUGGCUUGGGCCUGUGAGUAUCUUCGGAUAUUUCAUCCUGGGAACUGUGGUGAACAAGACUUUGAUGGGGCCCAUCGUGGCCAAACUGGUGCAGCAGGAAAAACUGGAGGGGGAUUUUAGGUUCAAGCACAUGCAGCUUCGGGUGAAUGCUGAGCCUGCUGCUUUCUACAGAGCCGGCUCUGUGGAGCACAUGAGGACAGACCGCAGGCUUCAGCGACUCCUUCAGACCCAGAGGGAGCUGAUGUCCAAGGAGCUCUGGCUAUACAUCGGCGUCAACACCUUUGACUACAUGGGCGGCAUCCUGAGUUACAUCGUCAUCGCGAUCCCCAUUUUCAAUGGGGUCUAUGGAGACUUGAGUCCCACUGAGCUUAGCACCCUGGUCAGCAAGAACGCGUUCGUGUGCAUCUACCUCAUCAACUGUUUCACCAAGCUCAUCGACCUCUCCACCACACUCUCAGACGUGGCCGGUUACACGCACAGGCUUGGGGAGCUGCAGGAGGCCCUGCUGGAUGCGUCCAUGACAUCACAGGACUUUGACAGUGACCAGGGCUUGGACAGGGCCCCAGGAUGCCCCGCGGCCGAGCCUGUGGACACAGCCUUUCUCCUGGAGCGGGUCUGUGUCUCAGCCCCGUCCUCUGACAAGCCUCUGAUCAAGGACCUGAGCCUGAAGAUCUGCGAGGGGCAGAGUCUGCUCAUCACGGGCAACACGGGCACUGGCAAGACUUCCUUGCUGCGCGUUCUGGGCGGCCUGUGGGCCAGCAGCCGGGGCUCCGUGCAGAUGCUGGCCGACUUUGGGCCCCACGGGGUGCUGUUCCUACCACAAAAGCCAUUCUUCACGGACGGGACCCUCCGGGAACAGGUGAUCUACCCCCUGAAGGAGAUCUACCCAGACUCAGGUUCUACUGAUGACGAAAGGAUCUUGAGGUUCUUGGAACUGGCAGGCCUGUCCAACUUGGUGGCAAGGACAGAGGGUCUAGACCAGCAGGUGGAUUGGAACUGGUAUGAUGUCCUGUCCCCGGGAGAGAUGCAGAGACUGUCCUUUGCUCGACUCUUCUACCUGCAGCCCAAGUACGCAGUGCUUGAUGAAGCCACCAGCGCCCUGACGGAGGAGGUUGAGAGCGAGCUGUACCGCAUCGGCCAGCAGCUAGGGAUGACAUUCAUCAGUGUGGGGCAUCGGCCCAGCCUGGAGAAGUUUCACUCCUGGGUUCUGAAACUCUGUGGAGGAGGAAGAUGGGAGCUGACUAGAGUGAAAGCAGAAUGAAGCGAGGAUGUGGAUGAAGUGCUGAGCCCGGGACAGUCCCCAGGAGACCGGCAGGCCUGCUGGGCGGGAGGGACCCAGGGCCACCUCUCAGCGACUGCAUGGGAGCCCAGUGGCGGCGUCCCACCCCGGAUGGCCCACAGGUGACACUGAGAUCUCCCCAGUGCUGCUUCUGGGGCCGCCACAUGCCCGAAGUGCUGAUAACUUACAUAUUACUUGAGAUCAUGUUGUUGAACAGUUCAAGCAUGUGCAAGCCAUGGGAAGGGUCAGGGUGGGAAGGACCUGGAGAACUGGUUCAAGAGGACCCGUGAAAUUUUGCUGCAAUAGAUUUUUAACUUCAAUUAACUGACCAUUUAAAUUUUAUAACUUUUUUAAAAAGAAAAGUGAAAUAUUAAAAAAAAAUACUUUGUA